AUGGCCUAUCACAAGAGCCCUUCUCCGGUGGACAAAAUGAUUGUCAGCCCGGGCCGCCGUGCCGUUGACUUCUGCAAGGAAACCUGGCGCCGCGUUACCAAGUCGCCCAAGUCCGAGGAGCGUCCUCUGCACAUCUCAACGCCCAUCUUUUUCAAACAUACGGAGCACGGCGUAGCAAAGAAGGAAUCUCCCGACCCUGCUCCUACCCGCCCCGACGAUGUGACUGACGACCAUGCCAAGGUCGUCAACGUCAAGGAUACUGGCGACGGUGAUGAGAAAGAAAACGAGGCCGAGUGUGGCGACCUCGCCAUGAUGCCCUUGGCCGUCACCUUGUCCUCCACGGUAUCUUCUCUUAUCUCGGAGCCAGCUCCUGUUGCUACUCCUCUGCCGGCUUCGCAGGUUUCUGAGAGCUCCCCGGCCAUUCUCGACAAGGACUGGCGCCGCUUCGAAGAUACCCCCGUCAAGAGCAGCCCUUCCUACUACCUUGGCAAGUAUGCCCGCGGUUCUGACUCCCAGGGCACCAUUGUCAACCGUCCACGUAGCACCAGCGCUGCCACGACCAACUUGAGCAUCCUCGAGUCAUCUACCGAGCGCGACUUUGGCGACCCCGAGCCCAGUUGGCAGCAUACUUCCCGCCCUCGUUCUCAGCCCCGUCCCAAGGAUUCUGGCUCUUCCUUUUCCACCUACCAGGCCACCCCGCCCGUCCAGUUCCCUCGCCAGGCCAAGCAAAAGAACUUUGGCUUUUUGUAUCACCGCGAGGUUCGCAGCAGCGGCCAUAAGGGAGAAGCCGCCAGCGUGGCCAGCAGCAGCCAAGUCUCCCUAGCCACACCCACCCCGGCCGUUCGUACUGCUCAUUACCACUACCAGCAUCAGCCUUCCCGCGCUGCUGCUGCUCGCCCCCACAGCGCUGUCAUCCAGCGUCAUGUCAGCGACUCCGUCAUUGGCACCGAAGACGCCGGCGACUGGAUGACGAUUGCCGACACUGUGGGCGACAUGAGCGGACUGCAGGGAGGAGGAGGAGAGGACGGCGGCGAUGCUGCUGAUUCUAUCAAUGGCCAUGCCAGUGACAAGUGGUCCGCCGUUUCGGUGCGCGGACAGUCGAGCACCAUGGACAAUAUCAUUUUCCCCGAGAGUCGCGGCCGCAACGCCAAUGAUGAUGAGAUCAAGGUCAAGACACGCCUGGAGAACAACGUCGUCACGCCCGUCAAGCAGCGCCGCAAGGUCUCUUUUGCCGACCAACUGCCCGCUGGUACUACCACUACUGCUGCUGCUGCUGCUACUGGUACCACAACCGCCGCUGCUGCCACCGAGCCGUUCCAGUCCCGCGUCGUCAUUCGCAGAGGUGUCGAUGCUCAGAACCAGGAGCGGCCUGAAACGCUGCAAGUGAAUCGUUCUACUCGCACGCACCCUCGCUACUCUGGUUCAUUUGAUGUUGACGUUGCCCGUCGACGCAUCAGCACCCCGAUUGGACCUGCUGUGCUCAUGGAUUCUUGA